GCCACCAGCAGUCUGGAGUGACUCUGACAGUGAAGAGGAGGAGGAAGACUCUGCCACAAGCCAGCCAGGACUGCCACCUAUCCCAAAUAAUUUUCCAUCUGGAAUAACCUCGAGUGAAGCAACAAGUAUGCCCACAUUUGGCCAGGGAGACAAAGGCACAGCAGGGACCCAGUUGUCAGAGACAAACUCGCCACAAGGUGAACAGACAGCGCAAGAACGGCCACGAAACUCGCCUCAUGAUUGUUGUGUAGAGAAGAACUUCCAGCGGCAUGUGCUACGACUGCUGAACACGCUUCGCUUCAUGCUGGAACAGCAAGCGGACACCCUGAACAAGUUGUGCGAUAUGCUUCCCACUUCUUCAGUCACCGAAUGCGCAGAGCUCUUAGGCCAUCCGCUAAGCAGUCUUGAAGAACUACAAGAGUUCGACGACAAGCUCGAUGCUGGAAAAUUUAAGAUCCUGGUUCAUGAGUUGGCACAGCUUGGUGGGAAAGAUGCCUACUGGGCAACAAAAAGAAUCUUGUCAUACUGCAUCACAGACGAGGUUGCGGCACAAUUUUCCUGGAUGGGUCGAAAAGGAAAACUGAGCUUCUCCGCCUUGAAGAUUGCUAAAGCCAUAACAGAUGCUGCUCGCAAAGCGCCAAACGCAACCGCUGCCGACGUUGAGGCCUCUAUCAAAUCGUGGCUCCGACAUGCCCCCGAGCGCCUUGCCACCAGGUUUCAGAAGUCAAAGCAAGGACAACUUGAGCAAGCAGCAGAUACUGACUGAAACUUUCGCCACGGCCCAGCUUCUGAUUCCCUGGUCGUUCUGGGGAUAUUGAUGGCAGCAGAUUGAACUUUUAGAUGUUUUAUGCCCUCACUUUGUCAUAGUGUUGUGAUGCUCCAGAGCUUCUGGUCUUUAUGUUUAAAUUUAAUGUCUUUAAAUGUUUUAGAUGUAUGUCUCAUGCACUCAUGUUUUAGGUGCUUUAUAGGUUUAUUUGUAUAUGUAGAGCCAUUGAAUUUAGCCAUGACCAUUUGUAUGGAUAUUGUUGUGCUUGGCGAGAUUAAUGGCUGUGACAGAUUGAUGGUAUGUUUCUGUGAAUGAAAGUGCCCUUAUGUAUUGUGUC